UAGCCAAACAUGAUGUUGUUGCUGCCGUUCUGCUCUUAAUGCGUGUUGAGCAGUGCGUGAUUCACAUAGCAAGAAGAAUGAGUCCCCAGACAAGCGACAGCAGCUCAAUGAACAGAACCGAAGACGAAUCAGAAGUGACAUCAUGGCUAUUAUUUGCAUCAAGAGGUGUGAAUAGCAAAAACAGAAACCCACAGGGGGAGGGAGGAAAUGCUACAUGCAAAAUUAUGUACCGUCUCUAUCUGAUGAAAUGAAAAUUUCUUUUAAAGACUCAGCGACUCUUCAACAGCUAUUCAGAUUUUAUUAAGGAACCUUGACAUCCUGUCCAGGAUGAAGUUGACCAAUUGUGGCCUCCUGCUCAUUGUAUCCGGCGCCUUCUGCAUAUCUUUAGGAAAUUUCUGUCUUAAAUGUCCUCCUCCUUCACAAGAGACUUCGCAAUGUUCGGAUAAUGGGGGGAUGGAUAUGCUGAUACUGGGUAGAGAUGGUUUCAUGGGAUACAUGACAGGUGCAUGCAGUAAUGGUACAUGGAGAAAACUACAGUGCCAGUCUACUAUUCCUUGCAAUUCUACUGGAGGGUCAGUAAAACCACAACUGCUCAAUAUGACAGUUUUUUCAUUUGAAAACAAUACAUGCACAAACAACCCAUGUACAACAUACAGCAAUGACAAUGGUGUGAGUUUGUCUAGAUCCCCUCCAUACACACUCAAUAUAAGCAGAAGUGUUAUACCCACGUUUGUCUGUUUAAUUGAAGCGAAGUGCAGCAAAAUGAUAAACUGGUUUAGUCCUGGACAAGAUUGUAUGUGGACCAACACAAGCACUAAAUAUGACCAAACAUGUAAUAUUACCUGCGUGAAUCCCACAAAGCGCUGCAAGGAUGCAAAAUAUGACAACAGCUGUAGCGGGGAUGAAAGUAAAAUAAACAACAUUAAGUUUCAAAAUGAAACUUCAUUUUGUUAUAAAUGUGGAAAUCCUUUUCAAGUUAUGGAAACUGUCGUCUUACCGAACGAAAUGUCAAAUAAAUUUAAUACUACUAAAACAGAAACAGAUGCUGGUGCAGCUGCUGAGGUUAUGAAAAGUCUUGCCAGCAUUGUGGCUACGAUGAAAAAUUUGACCGUGGCCUCUAUAUCCAUGGGUAACGUUAAAGGGAUUUUGAAGAAAAUUUCACCAGAGUCCAAAAUCAAGACGUCCUACUUAAUCUACUCUUCAGCAACUGGCAUCAGAGUUUUAGAAGAUGCUGAUGUACUGAAGAAUUAUUCCAACGCUUUCAGUAUUCCAGAGGAAGCCGCUAUGAAAGCGCUCAACCAAAGUGCAGAAAACGCUUUUAUCAGUGUGUUCCGCUUUCCCAAUAUGACAAAGGAUGCAGAGAACAGUACGGUUUUAAAUGAUGAGGUUUAUGCAAUCGAAAUGGGGGCAAAUAUUACCAAUCUGAGUGACCCUAUCAGCUUGACCUUCAAAAUAAGUCAGACGGUGAUUGGAUCUCCUGUUUGUAAAUCAUGGGAUGGAAAUGGAAGUCAGCCAAAUUGGACAACUGAAGGGUGUAUUACCAUUAAAGGACAAAACGAUAUAACAUGUAAAUGCGAACAUUUGACUUUCUUCGCUUUGCUCAUGAUCCCUCCAAAUGUAACCAUUUCCUCAGAAGACCUCAACGCUCUCACCUACAUCACCUACAUCGGCUGCGGCCUCUCCUUGUUCUUCCUGUCUAUCGGGCUCUUCAUGCACUUUCUCAUAAGGAAAGUGAAGGCCACUGAUUCAGCCCACGUGCUGAUUAAUCUCUUUGUGGCGCUGUUCCUGCUCAACGUGGCCUUCCUGUCGAAUGAGUACGUAGCACGUGCAAAAGACACCACUGCCUGCAAAGUCAUGGCUGGAUUCAUGCACUACUGCUUGCUAUCCAGUUUCACCUGGUUUGGAGUGGAGGCUUUUCACCUCUGCCUGCAGAUGGCCAAACACUCAGUCACCAUCAAACAUUACAUCCUCAAGAUCUCUGUGGUUGGCUGGGCUCCUCCUGCUCUUGUUGUCAGUGUCAUUUACGCCCUGCACAGAUAUGGCGAGCAGACCAUAACAACGGGCACAAGCAAUGUAACUAUGUGUUGGAUUUUAGACUCUGAUGUCCACUACUACGUGAACAUCGGUUAUUACAGCUUCAUCUUCAUCUUCACUUUUAGCACUUUCAUUGUUGUGCUGCGAUGGCUCUCCAUGUUGAAGAUGAGCAGGUUAAACACGGUUACAGUGGUGAAGCACUCAAGAACCGCCACCUCGGACAUCACCUCCGUCCUGGGCCUCUGCUGUAUGCUGGGACUCACCUGGAGUUUUGCGUUCUUCGGCUAUGGAGCUCUGCGUCUGCCAUCAUACUACAUAUUCACCAUCCUGAACUCCCUUCAAGGAUUGUUCUUGUUCAUAUAUUACUUGAAAACAAGCACCCUUAUAGGAGACCCAGCAGCUUCAGAAGAGAGUACCAUGACUGAAGUCACCAAUACAGAAAAUCCAUACGAAGACCUGCCAACAGAAGACACCAAAAAAGCCACCUGACCUUCAUCUCUAAGUCUUUGGAUUUGAAAUGUCUGUCUGUUGAUAUUUUCUAUUCCUCUGUAGUAUUAUAGUGAGUCAGUCCACUGCACAUUUUGUCCUGUAACAUACGUACUUCUUUAUGUACUCUUUAGAAAUUAAGAACAUGCCUUCUUUCAGUUCGUGAACUUAACUGAAUUGUAAUUUCACAAAAUCUAAUAAGUUUAAGACUAAAUAAAGAAAAUAUUUUAAAAAUAAAAACUGUAUAACUAAUAAUGUAUUAUAAUCCAAUAUAUAAUACUUAAUUACUAAAUUUUCUUGGAAAAACUGUUACAUGUGUAGCUGAAUUUCAUAAUACAAUGCUAUUGCUAUUGAUGAAUUUGUGUUUGUGUAAUUUCAUGUGUAUACAUUUGUUUUGUUUAAACUAAAUACUUAUUACUGCACUGUGAUAGAAUUUUACAAUGCUUUGUUAAUUUAUCAAUACAGUGGGUAUAUUUUCUGUCUUUGACUUUGGUAGUUUAUGAACAGCUCUAAAAAUAUAACUUUCUAUUGUGCUUUCAUUACCUGUUUGUGUAUACCCGUGUACAAGCGUUUUAUUGUUGACAGGUCACAUAUAUAAACUCGAAAUAAUAUAA